GGAGGUCGUACCGUGUUGGUCAGCAGCAGCUGCUGGAUACAAAUGUAUCGUUUAUAAACGUACGGAGCGCUCGCGGCUCGCUGUUAUUGGAGGGCGCUGGCUGAGGAACCCCCGCGCGCGCGCUGUGAAGACGCUCCUCCGGCUCAUCAGCUUUACGCGUCUUCUCUGAUUAAACGCUAAACUUAGAGAGAUAAACUGAUAACGGGGAUAACGGAGUUUCCCUCAGCCGGUUACUGUGACUGUUCCUCACACCCUGACUCAGGGUGAUCCGUCUGAUGACUGAACCCCAGCAGCUCGAUUGCGGCUUCCUCCCCUCACAGUGACCUGCGGUUUGCCCCUUUUACCACCAUGAACGUGGGCACAGCUCACAGCGAGGUGAACCCCAACACGCGAGUGAUGAGCAGCAGGGGCAUGUGGCUGUCCUACCUGCUGGGCAUCGGCCUUCUCCACAUCAUCCUGCUGAGCAUCCCCUUCGUCAGUGUGCCCGUGGUCUGGACCCUCACAAACCUCAUCCACAACAUGUGCAUGUAUCUCCUCCUGCACACAGUAAAAGGUACUCCGUUUGAGACUCCGGACCAGGGCAAGGCUCGCCUCCUCACCCACUGGGAGCAGAUGGAUUACGGGGUCCAGUUCACCGCCUCCCGCAAGUUCCUCACCAUCACCCCCAUCAUACUGUACAUUCUCACCAGCUUCUACACCAAGUAUGACCGCGUCCACUUUGUUAUCAACACGGUGUCUCUGCUGACGGUGCUCAUCCCCAAGCUCCCGCAGCUGCACGGAGUCCGGCUCUUCGGGAUUAACAAAUACUGAGGGGCUGCCUCUCUCCUCGCCGCUCUGGAACAUGCUUACUCAAUGGCAGCCCUUGUUUUGGGUUCCUGCCCAGACGUUAUUGAUGAACUGCGCACCAGGGGACCCAGUGUUGAGAAAUGAAAGGACCGGGAGACAGAAGCUCUCUCUAUUCUCGCUCUUUUUCUCAGUCUACAGACUCCAGUGGCUUCUUACGUGUGAAUGAAUAAGACAUUUACUGCAUUUUAAUGUCCACCGGUUUUUCACAGUGCUGCUCAUUUUGAACAAGAGCGUUUGAGGUGGUCCGCCGUCCUUCUUUUAUUCUAUAGUGUGAAAAAUGAAUGAAUCAAAGCAGUAUUCCUUUUCAGUAUUGUGUACGGAGCCCCUGAAGAGACAUAAGAGACAUGGUGUAUUUAUUUGUAGCUAAAAGGCACAUGACAGAUUUUUUAUUAGGUUUAACAGUGCUGAGCACCAGAUAAUAAAGAUAUUAGGGCUGGGUUACACCAUUGAUUUCUGAGUCAAUUAGGUAAAAGUGGCCCAAAUCCAAUUUUCCGAUCAAAUCUGAUUUAUAUAUUUAUUUCAGGCUGUUCACACAGUCUUUAAAAUUGUGACCCGUAUUUGACCUCUCUCUGAGCGAUUUGUGCCUUGUAUGUUAUAUGCAUGCAUGACAGAAUAGUUCUUCAUGUUAAGUUUCACUUUAAUGCUUAUCAAAAUCUUAAGAGCUAUGAAUGAGUUCAGACUGCAACUUAGCUUAUGACCGAAUUCGCUCCAUCCUCGCUGACAAAGAACACAAUAAAUGAAGGUCUAUUUUGUGCUCUAUUUUCACAUUUCACAUAAGGCGCACCAAAGUAUAAGGCACAAUUUAAAAGAGACACUUUAAGAAACUUCAAAUUCAGAAGGUUUCACCGCUGGGUGGGGUGUGGGGGUAGCUAACUAAGUCAAGCUAAGCUGCAUAAACAAAACUGUAAUAAAAAUACUUUCUUUUAAAGUCUACACAGAUUUCUCUCCUGUAUGUCCGGUAUCCCACACACAUAGUAUCUGGUGCUCACCACGUAAUAUCCGGUAUAUCUGGGUUUAUUUAUCUGUGUCUGGUGCUCAACUCUAUAAGGCACAAUUUAAAAGAAACACUUUAAGGAACUUCAGC